UUUAUGCCCUCUAACCAGGGGGAGAAGCCUUAUUUCCUCCUCGAGGUACGUAACGAUCUUAUAGGAUUUAUAGAAGCUGAAGUCCUACCUAACAAAUUAGCUAGAGCGGUAAAGAACUUUAUUAACUAUAAUAUUUUUCUUCUUAUAGUCGUUAAUAGGGGAUCUAAAUUUAAAGGGGAAGUAAAAGCUAUCCUAGAGGAACUAGGGGUAAAAUGUAUUAUUAUUUCUCCCUAUAACUCUAGGGCUAACAAUAUUAAUAAGGCUAGAUAUAUACCUAUUAUAGCUACCCUAGCAAAGAUAACCGUAAAGAUUAGAAAGAACUAG